AGGUCUUCGAAGAUCUUCAGAAAGCAUGAGCAUGAUAGUACACAACGACGACCAGGCUCGCUUUUGAUAGAAAGGGUAGACAACAUAAGUAGACAAUUCAUUGCGACAACGAGGCUAGGCUGAUCGGGACCCAUUGUUCUGUUGUUCCGGAGCUGGUAUUAUACAAGUAGUCUUUUGAUGUGGUAGAUUCAUUUGGUUCACAGUUUAUUCCCUUGUUCGUGUGCUGGAAGAACGACUUUGUAAGUACAAGUGAAGGACUUUAAGUACGACCCUGUAGUUUUUGAAGCAGGAACAAAAACUACCAUGUUGACCACCACCGCUGAUGUACCAACGGUAGCGAGGGCCGCCGCCGCGCAAAUUUCUACCGCGGGGGAACAAGUCGGCGCAACACAGCAAGCGGCGCGAACAAGAAACAGUGUUCAUCUUCUAAAUCCCACGUCGUCCUCUCUACUUGCCGAAGUAGUAGACCUCGUGCCCGGAAGUGGUGUUGGUUCUACUUCGGAGCGGAAAACAAGCUGCUCCGCGCAGAACGCGCUGUCUCAAGGCGAUACCACGCUGGCCGCGGGGGCUAUCACCACGUCAGGAACAUCACCAUCUUCAGUCUCGUCGUCGCCAACCCACGACGUGGAGCGGGGGCAAAUAAAAAGCACACCAGCUGCGUCGACUUUGACGCCUAGUAUGGUCGUUGCGCAGCAGGGACCAGGCCCCGCGGCUACUAGAGAGCAGAAGGAGCAGCUGGUUCGUGAUGUUACUAAUCGGUCAACACGUCCUAUCCCUAUGCUCUCGGAGGUGGAGGCGCCGUCGACAGCAGUUGUUCCAGGUAGCAGGGGGAGUAGUUCUCUGUCAACCUGUACCGAAAAGAAAAUGUUGGUCACCGACCGUAUCACCCCUGCGUUUUUCAGGGUGGAGAGGAACUACCUCCACGAUGUUGACAGGACACUGCCUGGUGAAACAACAGGACGAGCAGUAGACCACAGUUUUACUAGCGGAGAUGCUGAUGGCCCACAACUUCUCGUCGACAGGAGCAAAACAAAAUUCCUCCCCAUUCUCACGGUCGGGGACGGGGACUUGUCCUUCUCCCGCGCCUUGCAAAUCUCCAACCCGGAAGUUCCCCUGGUCGCGACGGUGUUUGAAUAUCAAAUGCAAAUAUGUCUGGGUGUGGAAGACUGCGCAACUUGUGAUGCAGAUUUUCCAUGACCCACGAGGUCUGGAAUGCAGGACUUAGUAUGACAGAUCCUGUGCGAUCUCUAUCAUUCCUGUUCGGCAUGAGAAACUCCCUUGGUCAAAAGUCGACAACUUUUGGCAAUCAUGCAACACAGAAGUUUACAGGAUGCAGACUUAGCAUGACAAGUUGCAACCUUCCAGACCCAGACAUAUUUGCAAUGCAUACUGACGCGUAUGAAACCAUCGUUGCGAAGUACCCCCACAGCCGCGAGCGGAUCGAAAUCCUGGAGAAAAAUAUGCAAGAAACAAACUGUGUAAGUGUAAGUCUGUGAUGCAGAAAAUGCAAAAGAGUUACACUUGUCAUGCUCCACAUGCAUGCUAGGCUCGCUUCCUACGUGUUUUCCCGUCCUAUCUGCGCAUGACAAGUUAUUUUUCCUGUCAUGGCAGACAAACUUGUCAUGCUGUUUUCCCAAGAGACGGACCUACACUAACGCAGUUUUUUCCUUCGAUAAAAAACGGCGCCACCGUCCUGUUCGGCGUGGACGCGCGGCGACUCCUAUCCUAUGUAAAAACAUCCCCACCCCAGAGUUGUCAUGCAGAUCUGCAAGCGCAAGAGCAUUUGUAAUGCGCAUUCCCAUGAGAGGCAUUUCCCAUCGUAUUUUGGAACUUGUAAUGCUGUAAACAGGAUAAGGAGAUGGAUUUGUUAUGCGGCUCCCCUUGCUAAACUGCAUUACACUACAGCCUGCAACUUGUCAUGCGUGGCUCCCAAAACUUCGAGGUUUGUGUUGCAAAGUCCCCAUGUUGACUCUGGGGUGGGGACGUUUUUACAAAUGAUAACUCCGGACGCAUAUUCAACGAGACCGGAUCUGUCGUCGUGCGGAGCAGCAGGAGAGCAGCACUUCUUCCUCUUCUUCUUUUUCCGCGGACAAAGGUCUUGCAGCCAAAAAUUCUGAUGAUCCCUGUCGUGGUGCGACAAAAGUAGGAGACCAAGUAGGAGCAGAAGAACUUCUACCUCUUGAAGCUGACACGUCGUCCUCGACUUCGGGGAAGUCGCCGGCCGGGAGUGGUAGGAAGAGAAAAAACAUUGUCCCUGAGCAAGAUCUCUUCGCAACAGCAAGCGCCGGAUUCGCCCGCGUUGUGUUCCAGUUUCCGUUACUCCCCGCGAUGACGAAGGAGCAGUUUGAGAGCGCGCCGUCGAGGGAUCCAGUCCUGAACAACCGCCUGAUGCUGCUAGAGUUCUUGUUGGAAGCGGAGGAGUUGCUGGACAAAGAUUGUGGGGUCGUGCUGAUCACGAAUAAGGACGUGCGGCCGUACACCCUGUGGCGCUUGCACGACAUAUCAAAUGUAAAAAUGUCUGGGUCUGGAAUAUUGCGAGAUUUGUCAUGCUUGUCUGGCAUGACAAAAAAGUUUGUGAUGCGUGUCCAAGAAGAGACCCUUUUUCCUGUCAUGCAAAAACGCAGUUUCUCAUGCGAAAAACGCAACACAAAGAAGCGCAGAUAUUUCUCAUGCUUGGCUGUGCAUUACAGAGCAUUCACCAUUCCCAACACAGCAUUACAAGUUUCCAGACCCAGACAUUUUUACAUUUGAUACGACAUACUGGACCACCACACUCUCACCUCGUCCGCGCCGUCUGAACGAUGCGAGCAGGAGGACAAAAAUCGGGGCGGAGCAGAGCCGCCGAGACCGGAAAAUGAAUUCUCCACCUAUAAUAGUACUGCUUCAGCAUCAACAACACGACCACCAGAACCUCCGGAACUAGAUGAUACCACAGCAACUUCUUUGCAGUUUCUGGGCAAAAUCCCGCUGAGAAUGGAGGAUUUUCCGGGCUACUUCUUCCAAAAUGUCGACCGGGAUUCCGCGGUGAAAGAUACCAUGGGGAAGUCCUUCCUGUACGGAAGUAGUAGUAGAUAUGGAACUGUCAGGAUCGAAAUUGACAAAAUCGAAAAAUGUGUGAUGCAUAAAAUGCAUGACGCAAAAUACGUGUGUUGCAGAACAGGCAAGUGAGGCCGAUUGUAAGCCUGUUUGGGGUUUUUAUAGCUCGAGCUGCUAAAGCAGCAUGAGAGAAUCUUCAGCCUUCUUUGCCUAAACAGCAUUACAAACUGGAUUUAGGCGCCCCCAGAAUUUGUCAUGCGCCACUUAGAAACUGGGUUCGAACUGGAAUCCAUUUUAUGCAUGACAAAUUAUUUCGAUUUUGCCAAUUUCGAUUCUGACACUUCCAUAGUAGAUUGUUGUCGCAACAGAACAAGACGACCUGUCCACCGUCGUCAGAACUGUUAAACGUUAUUCUCCAAAAAGCCGACAAGUGCGGAAAGCUGCACGUAGUUCAGCCGCCGUUUGAGGAGAAGACGACCAACAAGAAGGAUAACUCUGCUCAAAUGGCGGAAGAUGGAGCUGCAACAGCAGAAACAGGGACCGGAUUGUUCUCCGACAGAAGGGUUGCGAUAGCGAAAGAUGGGAGCAGUUUGUUGUCCAGCAAAACCCUAACUCCUCCAGAAGUGCGACAGAAAAACCUAAACGCGAGGACCAGUUUUUACUGCGUGCCGUGCCAGAUCGGGCCCUUCACCAGCGAAAAGGACCUGCAGAGCCACGUGGCUUCCAAGAACCACCAGCGAUUUGUGCAGACAGACGCGGCCUGGACGCAGAUCGUCGCAAAAAUGAUGGCGGAAAGGGAUUAUACAGCGAGGCUGUGUUGCGCAACUGCUAGUGCCAGGACGUCCAGCAGGGAAGAUCGGCAUGUUGUCACAUUGGAAGCUCAUAGUCCUGUCGCCGCAGAAGCAGCUGGGCAAGAGAGAAGCGGCGAAAAAGCCACUAAGCGACAAAGAACGACAAACUCCAAAGAUUCUGAUGUUGAUGAGACAAGCACGAAGAUGACGGUGACACUUGUUUCUUGUGCUUCAUAAAUGGUCUUUGAAGACUUCAUCUCGACGCGACAAAAAUAUAAAAAACGAGCACUCGUCAUCUUCGUGUUACAAAGCAAGAAGAUUAAAAU